AUGCAGGCCGAGGCGAGGGGCGACUUCUCCGGGCCCGAGCAGCUCCCCGAGCUGGGCAAGGAGGUGCGGGGGCCGGAGCGGGCGGCCCCGGCCCGCGGCCCGUGCGAGGAGGCAGCCAGCACCCCCGCCGAGGAGCAGGGCGGCAUCCCCAUCCCCAGCGCCGGGCUGCUGCAUGUGGCCGAGCGGAGACAGCCGCUGAGCAGCGUGUCCUCGCUGGAGGUUCACUUCGACCUGCUCGACCUCACCGAGCUCACCGACAUGUCGGACCAGGAGCUGGCCGAGGUCUUUGCCGACUCCGACGAGGAGAGCGCGCCCGGCGACGCGCCCGGCGGUGAGCGGCCGCCACGGCCCCCGCGGCCCGGCUGCCUGCGCUCGCCCUCGUGGACGCGGGCGCGGGCCGAGCAGGGCCGCGACAAGAAG